UGUCAAUGUCAGUGGUCAACGUUUGUCAUCAUCGUGUUGAAUCAGAUUGAAUCUUAUCGAAAAAAAAAACUAAAUAAAAUACGAUUUUAAACAAACAGAUAAGUGAUAACACUUAAUUUUUUAUGGUAUUUCGGUCCUAGAACCCUUACAAGCAACAGUUAUUCUCAAAAAAUGGCCAGAGAUUACGACCACUUGUUCAAAUUGCUCAUCAUUGGAGACAGUGGUGUAGGAAAAAGUUCUCUGCUGCUAAGGUUUUCGGAUAACACUUUCACUGGCAGUUACAUUACCACUAUAGGGGUAGAUUUUAAGAUAAAAACUGUCACCAUAGAUGGCCAGAGAGUCAAGUUGCAGAUUUGGGACACUGCAGGUCAGGAGAGGUUUAGGACAAUUACUAGCACGUAUUAUAGAGGAACUCAUGGUGUUGUCAUAGUAUAUGAUGUAACGAAUGGCGAGACAUUCGCCAACGUAAAACGGUGGUUACAUGAAAUAGAUCAAAAUUGUGAAGUAGUUAAUCGAGUAUUAGUUGGAAACAAAAACGACACUCCAGAUAGAAAAGUCGUGUUAACAGAAGAUGCCCAGAGGUUUGCAGACACCAUGAACAUUCAACUUUUUGAGACUUCUGCCAAGGAUAAUAUUAAUGUAGAGGAAAUGUUUAUGGUUAUAACUAGGCUGGUUUUAAAGACAAAAUUAGAAAUUAAAGAGCAAAACGACUCUAAAGAUAUAGUAAAUAUACGGGACACCAGGAAGAAAACGAGGAAGAACAAGUGUUGUUAGCAGAGGUAUGGAAGUGUUUGGGUCUGCGUGUGCGUACGGACGUGUGUUUUAGUGUACAGUGUACAAGUAGAUUAGUACAAAAAAAAAAGACCCUAAUCUAGACGAGAGUCGCUUCCUUGCGCUAUUUUUGCUAAGCCAAAAGUAUGUGAUAUUUUGGGGGAAAUAACUUUUUUUGGGGUCCUAUAAGUAUUAUUGAGGGGCCCAGUUCAAAUCAAAUGCAUUUGUAUUGUUUGUCUUUCUAUGUGUGCAUUUGGAACUCUAGAUUCAAUAAUUCAACCAGUUCCAAUAUGAAUGUUCUUUGAUAUUUAACCUGUGAAGUAUAGGAGAGGUCCUGUAAAUAACCAAGAUGAGUGUAAAUAAAUUUACCAUUUUACCAAUUUUUGUUUUAAGCUUAGGUUAGUAAAUUGGAUAUUCUUUAUUUUUUUCUGCUCAAAUUCGUAUAUUUUUAUGCCAUUGCCGAGGCCCUCUGAUUUAUAGUACAUGCAUUCAUGUAGAAUUUGUUUGUUGUAAUAAGUAUUUUGUUUUUUUUUAUUCAUUUCCCUAUGCAGACAAUAUUUUUAAAUUAAAUUAAAACCUAAUAUAGCAUAUCAGGAAAUACGUAUUUAUUAUUAUUAUUAUUAUUUAAAACAAAAAUGACAAUUAGAGGUAACAUAGAUUGUGUUUCGAAGGUGCAUUUAAUUAUCGAGUCCCAUUUAUAUGAAAAUGUUUUAUAUUAACUUGGAUGUAUAUAACCUCAUAGUAUCUAAAUAAUUGUGCAUUUGUUUCUUACUGAAAUAAAUUGUAUAUUUGUUGUGA